UUCCUUAUUUGGUAUCUAAGAGAUGCCAGUGGAGGCUUGCACACUCAAUGUAUGAAGGAUUGUUUACUUCGUCUCCAGCUAGGAUUGAAAAUGGACAUCUGUAUUACAAGAACACAUUGUACACUGAUAAAAACUCAUUAGUAGUGUUGAAAGUAAGGAGAGACAGUAAUCUCACAAUUGGAGUUGUAAACGGAUAUAGUUUUGCUGGUGGAGAUCCAUACCUACAAGUACGGGUAUAUUAUGCCAAGCUAGGACCAUAUAGGUAUUUUGAAUGUGAGUGCUGCACAGGCUGCAUUGGUCAAUGUGGUUCAGUACAGCUGGCUAGCUGUUACUUAAAGAAUCUACAUAUUUGGAGACCUUUAUAUUACAGGUAGCUCUCAUUCGCAAUAUAUACAUCGAAGGUAUUCAAAUAAAAAACUUUUAUAACCUUUUCUAAACUCUUUUUCAGGGGAUC